AUGGCCACGUCGCUCGCAACAUUCACUCAUCGCGGAGCAGUGGUGUCGUUAGGAACCUCAAAAGGCGUCUCCUUGCGUCGAGAUCACUUCGCACGCUUGCGCUGCUCCGAUCCGCACCCACUCUCAACGCUCUCGACGACAGCUUGCGGUGGGGGUGUGCACCUCUAG